AUGAUCUCGAGGGCGCGCCCAGCGACAUGGGCUUUCCGAGCGCCACCAGCACCCGUCGCAGCGUCUCGAGCAACGCGGUCGAGGGCUCUGCGCACCACACCACAGCCAUGGAAGGACCACCAUGAUCCGAGGUUCAAGGAGGUCGGAAGGGAGAUCCUGGACGAUUACGCCCAAGUCAGAGACCACUAUGAGUCGCCCAAGAACGCGCUCGUCCUGGCCCACGGGCUCCUGGGCUUCUCCGAGAUCCGCGCGCCCCUCCAGUUCCUGCCGGCGAUACACUACUGGCACGGCAUCACCGACGCCCUGCAGACCCUCGCGCCCUCGCUGCCCAUCAUCACGCCCGCCUUUGCCGACUUUAUGCUGCACGCCGCCCGCCUGUCCGACUGGUACGGCGUCAUGGGCACCGUCGGCCUCGGCACCGGCGCCUUCGACCAGCUGACGACGGCCUACCUGCGCGACGACUUCAACCCGGCCACGCCCGACGACCCGGACACGCGCUACUUCAGCUUCGGCGCCGCCACCGACCUGCCCGGCCUGCUGAGCCCCUUCCGCCACAGCUGGCGUGUCGUCACGCGCGACGAGGGCCCCAACGAUGGUCUUGUUAGUGUCAGGAGCAGCCGCUGGGGGGACUACCGCGGCACCCUCCGCGACGUGAGCCAUCUCGACCUCAUCAACUGGACGAACCGCCUGCGCUGGGAGACGAGGCGUAUCUGGACCGGGCAGCGCCGGCCCUUCAACGCCGUUGCCUUGUAUCUCGACAUCGCAGACAUGCUGGCCAAGGAGGGCCUCUAA